AUCUUUGGUCUGGAGGCUCUGCUGGGCUCAGCCAAGCUGUGGCCCCUGCUGCUGGCCCUCACUGUGGCCCCUGCUGUGCUGCAGUGCAUCCUGCUGCCCUUCUGCCCUGAGAGCCCUCGCUUCCUGCUCAUCAACCUCAACCAGGAGGAGCAGGCACGCAAAGCGCUGGUGCGUCUGCGUGGCAGUGAGGAUGUGAGUAAAGACUUGCAGGAGAUGAAGGAGGAGAGCGCCAAGAUGGCCAUGGAGAAGAAAGUGACCAUCCUGGAGCUUUUCCGCUCAGCGACGUACCAUCAGCCCCUUCUCAUCGCCGUCAUGCUGCAGCUCUCCCAGCAGCUGUCAGGGAUCAACGCUGUCUUCUACUACUCGACGGGCAUCUUUGAAACAGCUGGUGUGAAAAGGCCGAUCUACGCCACCAUUGGAGCCGGCGCCGUCAACACCGUCUUCACUGUUGUUUCUCUCUUCUUGGUGGAGAAGGCGGGACGAAGGACCUUGCACCUGCUGGGACUGGGUGGGAUGGCGAUCAGCGCUCUGCUCAUGACCAUCUCCCUCCUGCUGAAGGACAUUCCUGCAAUGAGCUACAUGGCCAUCAUCGCUGUCAUGCUUUUUGUUGCGAUGUUUGAGAUGGGCCCCGGUCCAAUCCCCUGGUUCAUUGUGGCCGAGCUGUUCUCCCAGGGGCCCCGCCCGGCCGCCAUGGCGGUGGCCGGAUGCUGCAACUGGACGGCCAACUUCCUGGUUGGAAUGAGCUUCCCCAAACUAGAG